GAGGGUCGCCCUGCUUGGGUUUCCCCGGUCGUGCCUGCCCGCCUCCCUUCCCAGCCGGGGUGCCCCCUGGGCUUCAGGGGACGCCAUGCCGAAGGCGCCGUCGGCUGCCGAGCUCUCACCGCCCGGCCACCGGCCUUGGCGCGGGCGCUGGGGUGGCGCUCGCCGGCUUGCUGUGGCGGGAUAAUGCGCCGCCGCCGUCGCUGCCGUCGCGUCUGCUGGUCGCCCAUCCGAGAGGCCCCGAGUCGCCGCCAUGUCCCCCCCAGCCUCGGCGGCCGCGGCCAGCAGCAGCGAGAGAGGCAGCAGCACCUCGGUGCCUCAGGAGGAGGCGGAGGCGGCCCGAGAGGAGCAGCGGCCAGUGAAACAGUCCUUCAGCAAGUCACUCUGUAGGGAAUCGCAUUGGAAAUGCUUGGUGCUCUCGCUUCUUAUGUAUGGCUGCAUGGGAGCCAUGACCUGGUGCCAUGUUACCAAGGUGACACGGCUGACAUUUGAUAGCGCCUAUAAAGGAAAGUCCAUGAUGUACCAUGACAGUCCCUGUUCUAAUGGCUAUGUCUACAUUCCUCUGGCCUUCCUGGUGAUGCUGUAUGUAGUCUAUCUGGUGGAAUGUUGGCACUGCUACACCCGCAAUGAACUCCAAUACAAAGUGGAUGUGGAGAGUGUACAUGAACGUGUCCAAAGGAUGCAACAAGCCACACCAUGUAUCUGGUGGAAAGCUAUCAGCUACCACUAUGUCAGGAGGACUCGCCAGGUCACUCGUUAUCGCAACGGGGAUGCUUAUACUACCACCCAAGUGUACCAUGAGAGGGUCAAUACCCAUGUGGCAGAAGCAGAGUUUGAUUACUCCAACUGUGGGGUGAAAGAUAUCUCUAAGGAUCUAAUUGACUUGGAGAAUUUCCCAGCCACUCGACUUCGCUUCACCAAGUGCUUCAGCUUUGCCAAUGUAGAGUCUGAGAACUCCUAUCUGACCCAGAGAGCCCGUUUCUUCACAGAAAAUGAGGGACUGGAUGAUUAUAUGGAGGCAAGAGAAGGCAUGCAUCUCAAGAAUGUCGACUUCAAAGAGUAUAUGGUGGCCUUCUCAGACCCAGACAACCUACCUUGGUAUGUCUCCCACUAUGUCUUCUGGGUGGCUGCUCUCUUUACUUUGUCCUGGCCAUUGCGGGUCUUUAAUGAGUACCGUACUUCCUAUGUUCACUACCAUGUGGAAAAGCUCUUUGGGUUUGAUUAUGUGGCAGUAACACCAGCUGAGGAGCGCCCUUUCUGCCGGAGGAUGCCCCGGGUCAAUACGGUGGACAGUACAGAGCUAGAGUGGCACAUCCGUUCCAACCAGCAGCUGGUUCCCAGUUACUCAGAGGCUGUCCUCAUGGACUUGGUGGGGCUCUCUGGCUGCACUACCUACUCCUCGUGCCGCUAUGGGAGCUACAGACAGAACUGUGAGCAAUGUCACAGGACUAUAAGCAGCUCUUCCAUCUUCUCCCGCAGUGCUCUCAGUAUCUGCAAUGGCAGCCCCAGGAUCCCCUUUAGCAGCAGCCAUUUUUCACUGGGCCGUCUCUAUGGCUCACGGCGCAGCUGCCUUUGGCAGAGCCGGAGUGGAAGCCUAAAUGAGCAGAGCUGCCCAACUGAGCAGACCCGCCUGUCCAGCCAAGUCACUGUGGAGGAGGAAGAUCCCCCUCCUUACCAGGAUGCCCUAUACUUCCCCAUUCUCAUUGUGCAUCGAAAUGAGGGCUGCCUCAACCAUGAUCACCGCCAUCUCCAUCGGAAUGGGUCCUGUGUGGAGACCUCACUAUGAAGGUGUGAAUAAUAUCCUACAGAAAAUACCCUGUGUCCAGACAUGGCAUUUGGGAGUAGAUAGGCUAACACAUGAGUAGAGGUUCCUACAAAUGUAUGUGAGUCAGAGAGGAUUACUCGCUUGCAUCAUCCCACAGGGGACUCAACAGCUCCCAAGUCCUCUUCUAGUUCUGGAGAGCUGUGAUGGCUUUGACGAGGCAGGCAGUGAACACCACCAUUGGAACUACAACACAGAACUGCAGACUGACAGCCACAUGAAAAAAAAAGUGGGGGAGAAGGGAACAGUGCCAGCACCAAGAAUCUGGGCUGUUUCUCCUCAGCUCUGUCUCCAACAAUUAGGCCACCUUGACAACAUCUAACAAGAACUGUCUGUGUCUGAUACCAUGCAUCAUAUGAGGGACUCUUAUCCCAGCCUUGUAAAGUCAUACUCUAGCAGAUGAAUCCAUGGCAGUGUAGCCUGUUCCUUUCAGCAGCAAGGCAAAUAACUGCACAGAUUACAAGGAGCUGAAGGGUACAUGAAAACAGCUACAAGUCAGGCCUUCUUCCUUUUUUCUAGACCACUCUCCGACUGUUAUCCUGUUCUCAGAUGCUGGGAACACAAGGUCUUUGGAUGUCUCCUUGGAAAGAACUGGUGUUUCAUAUCUGGGAAUCAGCAUCCCAUAGCUGCAUCAUUAUAGGAUCCCACGGAGAAAAUAUUUCUGCAAUCAGUUAACAGUUUCUUCUGGCAAAAGAACAUUUACCCACCUAUACAACAUUUCCAGGAACAGCUGAGGAUCCAUGACUCCAGAUUGCUCUUCAGUGGGUGCCAUUUUAAAA